AUGACCAGCGACCCUCUCCGCCCGGGCCUCCAUCCGCUGUCGCAUCUCAAAGCUGGCCCAACGACCUCCAGCUCGAAGUCGACGGCUGUGCCUUCGUCUCCAACUCUGCAAUCCUUUGCCCAAACUCCGACGCGCCCGCAGCCAGUCAAACAUGCCAGUCGAGAGGAUCCAGUUAAUGCGACGAGCGACAAGGCGACGAUUGCUCUAAUUCGACGCGUCCUAUGUCCUCAAGCUGGUAACCAUGGGGGUGCCACUACUCCUCAGCCUCCGGAAGAUCUGCUGCCUCCACUUACGAGCUCGAAUGAGGUAGAUCGUCAGCUUUAUGCGCUUAUUGCCAUCAUCGUCAAGGAGUUUGUGUACACUUGGUACUCAAAGAUCACAUCGGAUCAGGUGCUCGUGAACGAACUCCUUCAGAUCAUUGCACACUGCACCCGCGCUCUUGAGCAGAGGUUGCGCGAGACCGAUGUUGCGCAGCUGUUUCUUGAUGAGAUUCCUGCUCUCGUUGAGAGGCACAUUACAUGCCUCUCACCGAUUCCCGACCCGUCAGACGCUCAAGCUGUUGCGCAGCAAAGAGAAAAUGAAUCAAUCUAUCGACAACUAUUGGUUCACGGCAUGUUAGCGGUGCUACUUCCCACGGAGGACCUGGAAAAUGCUUCUCUGCGGACUCUGCUCGGCGACAUCCUGGCAGAUCUUGUGCUGGGCAACGCAGUGGCCGGAAAAGUCAGCGAAGGAUGGUUCUUGUGGGACAGUAUCACGAAGGUGGUGGACAGAGUAGGGCGCAAUGAAAAGGAGGAGGAUGCAGCGACUGCAACGAUGCGUCAGCGAUCCAGACUUCACAAGUACGGUCUUCUCUCUCAAGAAGCGUUCACGGAAGGUCAUUCGUCGUCUCAAGUUCAAGUGCCAGUUCCCGACUGGAUCUGGCAAGCGCUACAAUAUGCCUACAUGAUCUACGUGACUUUACGUUUCAUUGUGAUCGGCCUGUUUCGCGUUGCAUCCGCUCCUCCGGUUACUGCGUCCCUGACACCAUGCCCUCCAACCAGCAACGCGGACGGACCCCCCUCGUGCGCAACCUCCAAGAAGCGCCCGGUGCUGGACUACCGAUUGUAUGGCAUGGUCUCGCAAGUGAUGGAUGUGCCGCAGCGGAUGCCUUGGCUGUGUGGAAUGCUCGCACUGAUCCAGUAUCUGAUCCUGGCCGGUCCAGGUAAAUUGGGUGAUACGGAUAGUGUUCUUGAUAGGGGCAUGUGGUCUCCCAACUGUGGAGAAGCGGUACGGUUGGAUCUCCGAACCAUGAUCUACACAGGCGGCGGCGACCGGUUCCUUCACGAGACCAUCCGCGAUCAUGUCCUUACCCCCGCCCUUUUUCCAAACCUGCUUCUUGCGACUAGGGCCGCGCUCUUUCCUUUGAACGCCCGACCAGCGUCCACAGCGGCAGAUGGUCGCGCCGCGGCUUCGGCGCCGCAGCUGUCCGUGCAGCCUCCAGCAUCUCCUAUAGUGAAAGGGUCUGUUAACGACGCCGCUGGCGCAAGUGACGCUUGCAGUAGCGUUUCCUCGUCUGGUGUCUCCGCGACAGCGCCCUUAUCGCCGGAUCCGCGGCCUUCCACGCCCGACGUCGCUUCUAUCAAGCGACGCUGUGCGGCCAGCAUUCUCUCCCGGCUUCCUCGCCCAAUCGCACGUCGUUUCUUCGGUGUCCCGUCUGUUCCUAUCGAGCAUAACCCGCCGUCCCGACGCCCAGGGCGACUGAAUAGCUCCGACGAGCCUGAAUCGCCCUGGCUCGACUCUCCCCAGGCGUCAUCCACGGUCUCACCCGCAGAUUGCGGCCACGAGGAGUCACUCCUACUCGCUGCCGUUGAGGAGGUUCUCGACCUCUUUGCCGAUGAUUAUUGCAACAAGCAUUUAGUAUAUUCCAUCAUAGAAGCCAUUCUCACAAAGCUCCUUCCGGAGUUGUCUGAGCGCAGCAUCGCCGAGCUAAUGGAGGACAGGGGGCUACCCCUGGCAUCUAACUUGACCCCGCCUACCCAUACGGGCUCAUAGACGGCGUACAGUGUACGCGGAGCGCUACAUCGAGAUAUUUCCUUCCCCUAGGAUAGUAAUGUU